AGCUGUACCUCCUCGGUCGGGAGAAUACGCAAAACUCUGAAGCCGCUCCCCUAGUUAAUACCCCUUGCGUGACUAUAUUUAUAUAUACAUAUACCUAUAUAUCGCUGCCUUUCGCACAUCCGCCCCUCACCAUGGUCAUCUCGUCGAGAUGGACGGUCCCGAUACCGAACGAGUCUCUGCACAAGUGGGUGUUCGGGUCGUCCUUCGGCGCCCUCCCCGACAGCCCUCAGUUCGUCGACCCCGAGCGUCCCGACACGCAUUUUAUCACCAAGGCUGAUUACCGCCUAUGGUCGAAGCGGCUCGCCAUCGGCCUGAUCCGGGCCGGCCUGAAACCCGGCGAUCGCGUUCUGCUCUUCUCCGGCAACACCCUCUUCACCCCAGUCUUCUUCAUGGGCAUCCUGAUGGCCGGCGGGACAUUCACCGGCGCCAACCCCAGCUUCGUCGCGCGCGAACUGGCCCACCAACUGCAAGACAGCGGCGCCUCGUUCCUCUUAUCCUCCGACGCGAGCAUGGAGAUCGCCGUGGAGGCGGCCGCUCGGGCCAAUCUGCCCAGGAGCCGCAUAUACACCGUCGAUGCGACGGCCCUGGACCGGAAGCCGGGACAGGCCAGGCUCCAGACUCGGCAUUGGACCACCCUCUUGGCCUCUAAAGCCGAAGCGGCCGAGUUCGACUGGAUCGAACCGGCCGACACGAAAACGGCGGUAUGCGCCCUCAACUACAGCUCUGGCACGACGGGCGUCCCGAAAGGCGUCGAGAUCACGCACUACUCCUACGUGGCGAACGGCGUCGGCACCAACUACCUCGAACAGCUGCACCCCGAUUACGAAGAGAGGGCGAAGCGCUCCCGCCACCUCUGUCUCCUGCCGAUGUACCACGCUUACGGCCAGACGUUCUUCGUCUGCAACCUUCCGAAGCAGUCCAUACCCGUUUACGUCAUGCCCUCGUUCCACUUCGAGAAGAUGCUGCAGUACGUCGAGAAGUUCCGCAUCACUGCUCUCCCGCUCGUGCCCCCCAUCUUGGUGAUGCUCGCCAAGAGCCCGCUGAGCCGCAAGUACGACCUGAGCAGCGUCGAGGGUGUCUUCAGCGGUGCGGCGCCGCUCGGGGCCGAGGUCAGCGACGAGGUAGCUAAGCUGUGGCCGCCGGGCGCGGUGCGCGUCCGCCAGGGCUGGGGCAUGACGGAGCUGACAUGCACGUCCACGUCGUGGGACCCGACGGCGUCGAGCACGGCGACGGCGGUGGGCGAGAUGAUGCCCAACUGCGCGGCGCGGCUGAUGCGGAUCGACGACGGGGGCGAGAUCACGGCGGCGAACGAGGCGGGCGAGAUCUGGGUCACGGGGCCGCCGCUGCUGAAGGGCUACUGGAACCGGCCGGAGGCGACGGCGGCGUCGCUACACGUCGACCCGGACGGCCGGCGCUGGUUCAAGACGGGCGACAUCGGGUACGUCGAGAAGUACGCGCCGGGUGGCCUGUUCCACGUCGUCGACCGCAUCAAGGAGCUCAUCAAGGUCAAGGGCAACCAGGUCGCGCCGGCGGAGCUCGAGGCCGUGCUGCUGGACAACAAGGGCGUCCGCGACGCCGCCGUCGUCGGCGUCACCAUCGGCGGCGAGGAGGUGCCGCGCGCGUACAUCGUGCCGGAUCCGGAGGUGAAGCAGACGGAACGCGACAUCGCCACCUGGAUGGAGUCGCGGGUCGUCAAGUACAAGCGGCUGGCGGGCGGCGUCAAGUUUGUCGACGCCAUACCCAAGAACCCGUCGGGCAAGAUCCUCCGCCGAGAGCUCAGGGAGCAGGCGGCGAAGGAGGUAGGCGACAGGAAGCCGGCGGCGGCAAAGCUAGCAUAAGACGCGCCCCAGCAGCGGCCAAGCGCAGGAGGCAGGCAAUCUCGGACCUGGGGUCGGAUGUCGACGUAGAACGGGGCUAGGGGAGCAGGGCGUGGCGUCGAUCUGCGAUCUGCAGACGGGCGUACCUGCGUGGGGAGUCCUAAUAACUCCGAGACACGCCGCGCGUCUUCAGCCCGAGACUCCCGUCG